CAGUUGCUAAAUUUCCUUUAAACACAAUUCAUCGGAAUUGAAAUUAUUAUCUAAUAUUUAUUUGAAAAAUUCGAUUAGUGCUUCGGAUUUCGUUGUGCCAAUAUGGAAUCAAUACUUGCCAGCGCUCUCAACCUUCAUGAGAGCCAACGUAUGGCCCCUGAUGAAAAUCAAAAAGGGGAUCAUCAAACAUUCACUGAAAUGAUUGUCAGCUGUCGAUCGUUAAGUUAUUAUGAAGGCACCUCAAUAAAGACAGCAUUUCCUCAAAUUUUAGCUAGUGUAUUUGCGGCAAGUUAUCACAUUGCUGUUGGUAUUGCUUUAGCGUACUCAGCAAUUUUAAUUCCACAAUUAGAAGAUCCAGCAUCUGAUAUAAAAGUUACACAAUCACAAAGCUCAUGGCUUGCUAGUGUAAUAGUGGUAGUAGUUCCAGUUGGAUCGAUAAUUGCUGGAUUAAUAAUGGAACGAUUUGGCCGUUUAAAUACAAUUAAAAUAGCAGCAGUGCCAUCUGUAUGUGGAUGGAUUUUAAUUGCAAUGUCCACAGAUUUUUACACUCUUUUAUUGGGCCGAUUACUUACUGGUUUAGCUUCAGCAUUGGGGUCAUCGCCAGCAAUUGUUUAUAUAACAGAAGUUGCUCGACCAGACAUGCGAGGUUCUCUAAUUUCCGCUUGUCCCACAUUGGCUUCAUUAGGGAUGGUUCUUGCGUAUUGCAAAGGAUGGUACUUAAAUUGGAGAUUAGUAGCAUGGUUAAGUAAUGUAUAUGUACUUGUGCCUGCGGUGUUAGUGUACUUAAUUCCAGAUUCACCUGUUUGGCUGGUAUCGCGUGGUCGUAUUGACGAUGCUAAAAGAUCAUUAGACUGGUUGAAUCGAUUACAACCACAACCUGAAAGAAAGACUGAAACGCUUAGUGAGAUGCAAAUGCAAGUAUUAUUAAAAGAACGUGAAAUAAAAUUAGCUGAAAAACGUAAUUCAUCCCGUGGUGGUUCACCAUUUUAUAAACUACGUGAAUUUUUAAAACCAACUGGAUAUAAACCAUUGAUCAUAUUAUUUUUCUUAUUUUUCUUCCAACAAUAUAGUGGAAUUUAUAUUACAUUAUUCUACGCCGUCACAUUCUUCCAGGAAUCUGGAAGUCAAUUUAAUCCAUAUUUAGCAUCAAUUUUAAUUGGUGUCGUCCGAUUAUUAAUGUCUAUGGUAAACACAUUAUUGUUAAAACGUUUCCAUCGACGGCCAUGUGUAAUGAUUUCGGCUGUGAGUAUGGCAAUAUGUAUGACUGUUUCAGGGUACUUUACGUAUCGUAUUAAACAAGGUGACACUGGAUACAGUUGGAUGCCAGUUAUAUGUCUGUUGCUGUAUGUUUGUUCCAGUAUGAUAGGAUUCUUAACAAUACCAUGGACAAUGACUGCUGAAUUGUUCCCAACAGAAAUCCGUGGUUUAGCUCAUAGUGUAUCUUAUAGUAUGGCUAAUUUAUUAAUGUUUGCGGCAGUACAAAGUUAUCGUGACUUAAAUACGAUAUUAGGUGGAUCUCAUGGCGUACAAUGGUUUUUCGCAGUGAUUAGUAUAUUAGGCGCAAUAUAUGCAUUUAUAUUUUUACCAGAAACUCAGGGAAAGAAAUUAUCUGAUAUACAGAAAUAUUUCUUACAUAAUACUAUUUAUUUUGGUUCAAAAAAUACACCUUCACAUACAACGAAAAAACAAGUACCACGUGUACCAGUUAAAACGGAUGUAGAAAAAGGACAAACUGCACGAUUAGUUACUAAUGUUGAAUAGAAACAAAUUAUUAAUUAGUUUAAUUAAAUCAAAUUUACACUUA